AUGAUGGUCAGAGGGUUCAGGGAUUUGGGAGUGAAGCUAGAUAGUCCAUCUCCAAGCAGAAUUACACAUAUAGAAGGCCAGCGUAUGAGCCAGACAUCAAUUGAUUUUCUCACUUUCUUAGUAUGGAAUGUUGAUGCUAGAAAAGUUUUACAAAACCCUAAAUUGAUUGAAUUGCUUGCUGGAUCCAUUAUAAAAAAGGAUUGUCCUAGUUUCAGUUUUGUUCAAGUAGAAUUUUCGGGUAAUGAUUCUUAUUUUGUUCUUUACAUGGCUCAAUCAUGUGCAAUCCUUUUGGAGAUUCAGUCAAACCUUACAAAAAAUUCGAUGAAACAAUCAGUUGAAAAAUGCUUGGAGGUAUUCUACCGCUUUGACAUACAACCUUUGCUUGUUAUUCUUUGUACCGACAAGAUUUCCUCCUCGGUAAGAUUACUGUUAUUACCCACUUUGGAAAAUUCUCAUAGGCAGAUGUUCAAUAGUACUGUAUGGGCGGAGAAGUGCCUAAUUAUCCUCAAAGAUGCAAUUAACUUAAGUGAAGACGAAUCAAACAAACUUGACCCAUUAGCGGUAUUUGCGAUCUAUUUUUUCCGAUGA